AUGUUGAAAAGCGGUUUAGCAGCUCCCAGUAGCCGGGGCGAACGCCGGCGGAAAGUUCACGCCUGGGAACGAGCGCCCGGAGGGGAUCUCUGUGAGGCUCGUGAUGAUGAGACACAGACACAGAACAGAGGAGCGUUGUUCACCCGUCGGUCGGUUGCCAACGACUCAGCGGUGACGGUGGAGCCGCCGCAAAAGGAGGGGAGAAACCUCCUGUCUCGACCGAACUUGCCGUGUGAAACAUUCCGAAGUAUGCCUCCUGAUGUACAAAAACAUGCCCGUCUGGACUCUGGACGCGCCUGCGCGCCCAUUCCUUGCGGUUUGUUUGUUGUGAAAAGCAAACCGGUUCGCCUGAUUCUGACGCUGCGUAACCAGCUCGAACAGCAGCCAAACAUUCCGACUCGUUCUUCUCGCAGUAGUCACGCCUCCUGCAGGCUCUUAACCGGCAGAUCGACCACCCGCCGCUGCGUCAGACAGAUGCACGCCGGCGACCAUGCCAACUCGAGCAGAAAUUAG